UAGUUUUUACAGUAUCGGCAUCCUUGGAGAAAUUCGAACCGCGUUAUUGGUUAAUCAAUAUCAAUAAAAAUAUCGUGAAGGAAAAAAAUGGAUUCAAAUUCGAAUGCACAAGGAAACGCAAAGGCCAAUGUAAAAUUGGAUAAGUCGCACAUAAGCAUUGAUUCAUCUGAAGGUGAUUCGGUGAUUUUCGUGGACGAAAUUGCAUUUGACAGCUCAGAAGAUUUAACUGCUGUAUUGCCGUUGCAAAAUGAAAAUCGUUAUGGUAUGGAUGGGGAAGAUGACGGAAAAUGUUAUUUGGCAGAUGAAUCCGACCAAACUGAUUCAUCAUGGUCUAUUGGAACAUUGCCUGAUAGGACUGAAGACCUAAAACUACUUUAUGCUGGGGCCAAAUCAGUUUUUGUCGAACAAUCGAAAAUUGUGGCAUCAACACCAAACACAUCCCCACAGAAAAAUACCGAACAAACGAACAAUGAUGCGGAAAAAUGUGCAUGUGUUGACGCCGCUGGCGUUUCAAAUAUCAACGAUACAAUGCAAAUUGGAGAGUAGUUUUG